GAGAGGGAACGGCCAGCAGCAAGAAGGACAUCUCCACUCAGCUGUCUCCUGAGGCUGAACGGCCCCACUGAGAGGAUGAAGGUCUUCGUGGCUGCCCUCUUCCUCCUCAUCCUCAGCCUCACCACUGCUUCUGCUUUCCAAGGCCAGCCAAGAAGUCCUGUGGCGGUGAACCUUUCCGCCAGCUGCUGCCUGAAGUACCAGUAUGAGGAGAAAGUGUUACCAAGGAAACGGGUGGUGGGAUACAGAAAGGCCUUCAACUGUUACCUGCCAGCAGUCAUCCUCGUCACCAAAAAGAACCGAGAGAUCUGCACCAAUCCCAACAAAGAAUGGGUCCAAGAUUACAUCAGGGAUCCCAACCUGCCUUUGCUCCCCCCUAGGAAGUUGCCCCAAGUUAAAUCCAUCAGAUCAUAG